UAGUGUCUGCAGCCUUUUCUCAAGUUUUUCACCGUGAACUGUUGUGUGUCAAACUGGACAAGUUAUCUUAGUUGAAGCUUCAUCAUUUUGAAAAAUUGUGGAGACUACUGAAAAGAAGGUGCUUUUAGAGCCGAAGAUGUGAAUAAGACUCCUGUGCUGGAGAUUCUAGAUCAUCUUGAGGAUCCCACUGGGAUAAUGUUUAGUUGUCAUGUCUUCUUAGGCUCCUCUUGCUGUGACAAUUUCUUGGAUUUUCAUUUGUUUGAUGACACUGUCGGCUGUGAGGAGAACUGAUCAGGUAAAAAUGAAUGCGGUGUUGGAAGAUCACUACUAUCGGAAGGCUGGUUAGCAUCAAUUUCCUAAGAGAUACUUGACCACUAUUUGUUCUGGCAUGGCGCAGAGCACUCCACAGCUUGACAUGCAGGUUCUUCAUGACCUCCGACAGCGUUUCCCGGAGAUUCCAGAGGGUGUUGUGUCUCAGUGCAUGUUACAGAACAACAACAAUCUUGAAGCCUGUUGCCGAGCCCUCUCCCAGGAGAGUAGCAAAUACUUAUAUAUGGAAUACCACAGUCCAGAUGACAACAGGAUGAAUAGAAAUCGCCUUUUGCAUAUUAAUCUGGGUAUCCAUUCUCCGAGCAGCUACCACCCAGGAGAUGGGGCACAACUUAAUGGGGGUCGAACACUGGUACAUAGCUCAAGUGAUGGACAUAUUGAUCCACAGCAUGCAGCGAGUAAACAGCUGAUAUGUUUAGUUCAGGAACCACACUCCGCUCCAGCUGUUGUGGCUGCUACUCCGAACUACAAUCCAUUUUUUAUGAAUGAACAGAACAGAAGUGCAGCUACUCCUCCCUCACAACCACCUCAGCAGCCAUCUUCCAUGCCCGCAGGAAUGAAUCCAUCUGCUAUGCAAGGGCCUUCACCGCCGCCACCUCCUUCGUACAUGCACAUACCUCGGUAUAGUACAAAUCCGAUUACUGUUACAGUGUCCCAGAACCUCCCUUCUGGACAGACUGUACCAAGAGCUUUACAAAUUCUUCCACAAAUUCCAAGCAAUCUCUAUGGGUCUCCUGGUUCUAUUUAUAUUAGACAGACAUCUCAGAGUUCAUCAGGAAGACAAACUCCUCAGACUACACCAUGGCAGUCCUCACCACAGGGCCCAGUGCCUCAUUAUAGCCAACGUCCUUUACCUGUUUAUCCACAUCAACAGAACUAUCAACCUUCUCAGUAUUCUCCCAAACAACAGCAGAUUCCUCAACCUGCUUACCAUUCGCCACCUCCUUCUCAGUGUCCUUCACCCUUCAGCUCUCCACAGCAUCAGGUGCAGCCUUCCCAGUUGGGCCACCCAAGUUCCCACGUCUUUAUGCCCCCUAGUCCUUCAACUACUCCACCACAUCCGUAUCAACAAGGACCUCCCAGCUAUCAGAAGCAGGGAAGCCAUUCAGUAGCUUAUCUCCCAUACACAACAUCUAGCUUACCUAAAGGAUCCAUGAAGAAGAUAGAAAUUACAGUAGAACCCUCUCAAAGACCUGGGACAGCAAUGAACAGGAGUCCUUCACCUAUCAGUAAUCAACCAUCUCCACGGAAUCAGCACUCACUGUACACAGCCACCACACCACCUUCAAGUUCUCCUUCAAGAGGAAUAUCCAGUCAACCAAAACCUCCAUUUAAUGUUAAUCCUGUGUAUAUUACGUAUACACAGCCAACUGGACCUUCCUGUGCUCCGUCACCAUCUCCUCGAGUAAUACCAAACCCAACUACAGUUUUUAAAAUUACUGUAGGUCGAGCGACGACUGAAAAUCUUUUAAAUUUAGUGGACCAAGAAGAACGUUCUGCAGCCCCAGAACCUAUUCAGCCCAUUUCAGUGGUACCAGGCUCUGGGGGAGAAAAGGGAAGCCAUAAAUACCAGAGGAGUUCUAGUUCUGGAUCAGAUGACUAUGCCUAUACACAAGCCUUGCUGUUACAUCAGCGAGCAAGGAUGGAGAGGUUAGCAAAGCAGUUGAAACUUGAGAAAGAGGAGCUAGAGCGGUUGAAGGCUGAAGUGAACGGGAUGGAGCAUGACCUGAUGCAGAGACGGCUCCGAAGGGUCAGCUGCACCACUGCAAUCCCCACGCCUGAGGAAAUGACAAGAUUGAGAAGCAUGAACAGACAACUCCAGAUAAAUGUUGACUGUACACUGAAAGAAGUUGACCUCCUUCAAUCUAGAGGAAACUUUGAUCCAAAAGCCAUGAAUAAUUUUUAUGACAACAUAGAACCUGGCCCAGUUGUACCACCCAAGCCAUCUAAAAAAGAUUCGUCAGACCCUUGCACAAUUGAGAGGAAAGCCCGAAGAAUUAGCGUGACCUCCAAAGUACAGGCAGACGUCCAUGACACCCAGGCAGCAGCUGCUGAGGAGCAUCUGACUGGCUCCAAACAGAGUCCUCGGACACAGCCCCGUGAUGAAGACUAUGAGGGGGCCCCGUGGAAUUGUGAUAGCUGCACCUUCCUAAACCACCCUGCGCUGAACCGCUGUGAGCAGUGCGAGAUGCCACGGUACACUUGAACGCCCAAGAGUCUGCAUCGGCCUGAGAGAGAAACUGGGAGUACCCACUAGAAGAAAAGGAGCCUUGGGAGUGUGUGCAUCUGCCCGGCCUUUUCAUUUCCGAUUCCACUGGGGGAGGAGCAGCGCCCCUGUAGGGCUCGUGCUCAGUCAAGAAAAACGGGAAGUUCUCUUUGUUUUGGGUUUUCAUUUUUUCCUUUCUUAACUCAUUGCAGAGUGAGAUAGAAAGGGAUACUUGAAACUGGGAACUGGGAAAGGAUUCACUCCUGAAAGAAUGUACACAGAGAAGUCAAGAGCUCUUCUGUGGAAUCCCAAUUGUUAAAGUUACUGCUGAGUGGCCCUUACUUUAUAAACUAGAACUUUAAAUCAUGGUGUGACAUGUUACAGUUUAUGCAGACAAACUGUGAAUUCUCAGAGCAGACUUAACCCGGUCACAGCUCUCUGGAAAACCAAGGUUCCCCAAGCUUCUUCCCGUUGUUUCCUACUGAAGAGGAGGACAGGAGAAAGCACUCAGAAUAUGACUUGGGGGGGUGGCGCAAAGUAAUAAGAGUAUGUGUAAUUGCUGCUUUUUCAGAGGUAAUUUCAAACACACAAACACAAGUGGCUUAAAAUGUGAUUUGUAGCAGUCAAGAAUGAGGCAUAUCGUGCCUUUCAUUCAAAAGUACAAUCAGAUGAGAAGAUCCCUUUUACUUGUACAAUAAUUCAUCAAGCUAAAUCAACACUGGUAACUAAGACCUAAUUAUGCCACAUAGUAGAUACAAUUUUUAAGUUACUGCAUGCUUUUAUUGGGCCACUGGCCUUAAAAAUAACAAGUCCUUACCAGUACGAUUUUAUGAAUUUUAUGAAUGACCUUCUUGUAAAACUGCGCUUUGCCAAUAGCACAGUGAAUGUAUGCCAAAUGUAAAUCCAUUCCAAAAUCCAUUCGGAAAUCUUGAGCUCAUCUGUGGUUCUGUAAGAAAUAUUUGCAGUCCAUAGGACCUUUUUUAUCCUCCUUCCAAUUUUGUGAUGAAUUCACGAUGUUUACAGCACAGUGUUUUGUGCCAGAAUCCUUACUUAGCUGAAAAAAAAAAUCAACAUUAGCUGUUCAGUAUGGAUUGAUUUGCACAUGUCAGUAAGCCAGUGUGAGGGAAAUUACAGUUGGCCAAGAUCAUAAAGUUGUACACUGCAUUACCUGGGAGGAAGAGAAGGCUAGUCGAGAAACGGGAUUUUAAGAGAAGGGUGAAUACAAAGGACUUUAAGAACUGUUUCAAUUUAACAUAUUGUAUUCCGAGAUAAUACUGAGUUUGUUCAAGUAGUUCAGAUGAUACUAAAGCACUCCUUGUUUAUGAAACCCCAGCUUUAAGGUAUGAAUAACUGAAGAGAUAUAAAGUCAUGUGACUCACUAGGGUGCACCACUGGAAAAUUAUUAAUAGGUCAUUUAAUUAAGGUCUCUAUCACUGUUGAAUUUCCUUCCUAGCUCAGAAUUGGAUUUUGGAAUCUUCCUGUUAUCUUGGUGAAUAUAAAAUAAAUACAGCAAUAAAACUAGUAACGUUUGUAAUCCUAAA